ACACACACACACACACACACACACACACACGCUGUAGUAGUGUCAGCCGCUACGGCUGAAGUGGUUAUCAACUGUUAGGAUGCAAGCUGUUCUCUUGAACCUGAGUGCUGUAACUAAUGAGAGGAGUCCUGAAUGGUAAAUUAACCCGGACUUGUAUAGAUCUUUUCGAGUCUUCUGACCACUCGAAGCGCUUUCACACUACAUUACAUCAUUCACACACUGAUGGGAGGAGCUACGGUUUCACUUAAACAUCAGCAUUGUAAUUAACAUUCAUACACAUUCACACACCGUAGGCACAGCUACGGGAGACAUUUUGCCCAUGGAAACAUCGUCAUGAGCUAGCGGAGACGGGGAUCGAACGGUCGGCCCUCUGAUUUGAAGGACGACCCUGCUCACCACUGAGCCACAGUCGCCCCGUUUUGUAGCAGAGCAGUACCUUAAGUGUAGAACUACAGGCCCAGCACAGUGGCACUGUGGCUCAUUUGUCCAUUAUUCAUCAUUGUAUUUGAUUCGAUUGAAUAAAAUACAAAAUGUGUCUUGUGUUUUAAGCAGUCAGUGAACUGACCUCGCAGCACACACACAUCAACUGUACGUGUGUGUGGUUAUAACCAAUGUUCUUUUAUUUCCUCCUACAUGGACCAACUGUCCUGCUGAUGGCCUAAACAGGAGUGGUACAGCACCCUUGGCCUGCCUGGUCACCAUGCUGCACUCCCAGGUGAGGGGAGACCGAGUCAAGGACAGCAUCUUCUUCAAGCUUCCUGGACGGAUGAGCCUGUUCACUCUCAAGAAAAACGCCCUCCAGUGGACAAAGGCGACGUCGGAGUCGGAGACGCCAGCUGAGCCGGCCAGCAGCACCACCGCCUUGGCUUCCAGCAGCAGCACAGCUGCAGCAGGCACGGGGUCGGCCUCGGUCGGCCCCACUGAGGCCGCUGAGCAGGAAAGCUGCGACUCCACGGAGAUCACCGCCGCUGCCAGUGGAGACAAUGACGCCUCGGUGGAUGAGAGCUCGUCCAGCGCAUCCUGCUCCACAGAACUGCAGACUCCCAGCACCCAGCCCCAGACCCGCCUCAGCAGGGCAGCAGGACAGCAAGGACGCACGGAUACGCAGCAGACCCAACAUGCUCAGCACACCCAGACCAGACUGAGCCGCUCCAGACAGUCGGGGAGGCAGAGGAAGAAAGCAGUCAUGAUGCCUCGUGUUGUCCUUACCCCUCUUAAAGUGAAUGGAGAGCAUGUCCCUUCAGGGCCCAUGAAGAGGAGUCGGGGAGGGGUGGAUGUAGACUUUGAAACACCAGGCUCCAUCCUAGUCAACACCAACAUCAGAGCCCUCAUCAACGUGCGGACCUUCUCAGCCUUCCCCACACACUCGCAGCAGCAGCUGCUGCAGCUCCUGCCAGAGGUGGACCGUCAGAUUGGACCAGAUGGUAUGGCUAGACUGAGUAGCUCAGCUCUCAACAAUGAGUUCUUCACCCAUGCCUCCCAGAGCUGGAAAGAGAGGCUGGCAGAGGGUGAGUUCACCCACGAGAUGCAGGUGCGUUUCCGGCAGGAAAUGGAGAAAGAGAAGAAGGUAGAGGCGUGGAAGGAAAAGUUUUUUGAAGAGUACCAUGGGCAAAAGUCCGGCCUGACACAAGAAGAGUCUCUAAAGCUCACCGUGAGUGAAGCCAGUGAAGUUGCAGCCAGUGGGCUGGACAGUGAUGCAGCUGUGGUGGCAACCGGUGCGCCCAAGAGACGCAGCGUGGGUCGGCGGAGGAGAGACGGCAGGAUGAGGAGACGCACACGGGCUGACCUACGUCGGCGGGCCCGCCGGACCCUCUGCAAGGCCACUCCUCCAGCCCUGCAGUCUGCAGAAGCAGCUGAGGGUGGUGCUGCACUGGACAGCCCGGCAGCUUCUAUUGGCUCUCCCAUGUCCGACAACGCGGUUGUUACUGGGGAGGUGGUACUGCAGGCCGAGUGUGGCGUGGAGCUUUCAGCUGAGAGUGCCUCCAUAGAGCCAAAGGCCUCUACCACUCCAGAGCCAGUCACAUUGCCAGUCACAUUGCCAGCCUCCACUCGUACCCGUACCCCUACCCCUACCCCCACUCCUACUCCUACUCCUACUCCCACUCCCACUCCUACUCCCACUCCCACUCCCACUCCCACUCCCACUCCCACUCCCACUCCCACUCCUACUCCCAGCCCAGCCUCCAACAGUGCAAACGAAGAGCCUGAAGCAGUGACCCGCCUGCUCCCAGAGGAGGCUCCACCUGUGCUGGCAUCCACCUCCUCACCAUCUUCUUCCUCCUCUUCCUCCUCCUCCUCUUCUUCCUCCUCCUCCUCCUCCUCCUCUUCUUCUUCGUCUGCUUCCUCGCCUGUUUCCUCACCCUCCUCACCUUCUGAUAGACAGGGAGCGUUUGUCGCAGGCCUGGACUCUUCUUCAUCCUCCUCAGCGUCAAGUGCCACAGUCGCUGCCGAUCCGCUGGAUGACACUGCCUCUGUGGUCACCUCUAUUACAGGAGGUACCGCCACCAGUAGCCGUGACAGUAGCCCCUCAGCCAGCCCAGCCACCACCCCUCUGCCCAGUGCUCAGCUCAAGGAACAGAAGAGAAGACCAGACGAGACUCAGGCCUUCUCCAGCUUCCCCGAAAAGAGGCCGCGGCUUGACGACCGUCAGUCCUUUCGUACCACAAUUGACAGUGUCCGUUCAGAGAAGCUGCAGCCGACAACAGAGGAGCCCAAGGUGCCGCCUAUCCGGAUUCAACUGUCCAGAAUCAAACCCCCCUGGGUCAAAGGUCACCCCACCUACCAAAUCUGCCCCCGCAUCGUGCCCCCCGGCGAAGGCUCGCGGCGGUCGGGGACAGGGGGCGCGCGCACCUUGGCGGACAUCAAAGCCCGGGCCCAGCAAGCCCGGGCCCAGCGCGAGGCCGCUGCUGCUGUUGCAGCCACUGGCGAAGGGGCAGGGCCGGCCGGCGUCAGGCUGCGGCCUGCUUCUGGGCUACCGGAUAGCAGCAAUGGACGAAGAGCGCGAGAGCAUCCAGGACCUAUCGAGCCCGGAGGAGGAGGAGGGGGACCAGGAGGAGGGGGAGGUGGAAGAAGGGGAGGUGGUGGGAUGGAGGAGCAGGGAUUGUCUUCAAGCACGAAUUCGUCUGGAACACAACUACAGCUUCUCAAUGUAGAGCCGACACCCCAGCCAUCCCCUUCAUUGUCCUUUACCUCAACAUCCAUGUCUUUGGAGCCCCCACAUACCCCAAGCCCUCCUCAAGAGGAAGCAGCUGGGGGGUCAGAGGCUCUAGAGGAAGUAGAAACAACAUCAGCCAGUGUUCAGAGUUCCUCCAAUGAGCUCACAGAUGAGGCAGCUCACUCGCCCUCUCCAAAGCCUGAGGAGCCUAAGUCUGCUGUUGCCCCAUCAGAGAUGGCUGACAAAGGUUCUGAAAAACCCUCACUGGCUCCGACUUCCAUCCCAGAUUCCCUUCCCAGGUUCGGGGCUCAGGGUGUGGAUGUUAUUCAGACGCUGUCAAGCUCCUGUAAAUCCAAAGAGCAGAUGCAAGGGAAGGAGGCUGGGCUGGGUGGCGUUAUCCAGCAUGGUUCCUACCACUUGGAACCCCAGGAGGUAUUCUCUCACUCAGCUUCAGAGAGACGGAAAAUGGACAUAUCCUCUCCCCAACAUGCAGACUCUGGUGGAGAGAAAGACGACGAGGCUGGGACACAUAGCGACUCCACGGAAACAGCUUCAGACUGUGAGAAUGACAUACAGGAGGACGAGCAACAGCAACCUGACGAGGACUGGUCCCCCCAAGUGAGCAUCAAGAGAAAUGGCCAGCUGGUCCUCUGCAGCCCUCCUUCUCAGAACCAGCAGCCAGUCAUCCAGGCCCACGUUUCCAGCCGUCAUGGUCAGACUGUCAUCCAACCGUGCUUCCCCAAUGGCCUGUCUCACCCUCAGCACAGUAGCUCUCAUUACCAGAACCACCAGUCUUUCCCCACAGCCCACACACAGGGGCUUAGGGACAUCAGCGCCGUGGUCAAAAUGGAGCCUGGGGAGGAUUGUAACAUCUCCAGAGAGAGCUCUACUGAAGAGGAGUGUCGUGGAAGUUUAAAACCCUCUGUCACUCACCCAACUGUUGCAGGUGCCUCCAAGAGACUGGCCAGCUCAGUCAGACCAGUAUCUAGUGUUGAGGCCAACAACCCUUUGGUCACUCAGCUCCUACAGGGCAGCCUGCCCCUGGAGAAAGUUCUACCCUCACACUCUGCCAACAGGCUGGAGAUCAGCAGAUUGCAAGGACCCCAAGCCAGACCACCAGUGGCAAGGACCCCAGGGCCUCGCAACAGGCCUGAGGUUUCAGCCCAGUCUUCUAGCCCAGAACUUGGUGCAGCUUCUCGGAUCAACAACCAGUCUCCAACAGGUUGCCCAGUGUCCUGUUUGAAAGAGGCCCCAGCUGGACCGCAGUACAAGUCUCAGCAGGCUCCCGGGGCUGUCCCGGUCAUCACCUCUCUGCCACCGUCCUCAUCCUCCUCAUCCUUCAGAAGUAAGUCAGAGCUUAGUUCUCAGAUUGCAGUGGAGUCUGCAGUUAUAAAAAACGCACAUGGUUCUCAGCCCUCCCCGGGGGUCGCUCCAGACAGGCUGGCCCACCGAACCAUGCCUAAUGGCCCCUCUCCUUCCUGUGCAGACCCGUGUCCCACAGAGGUGGUGCCUACUAUUAAGAUCAACUGGCGGCCCUCACAUACUCAGCCCCACCUCUCACAUCAACUGCAGCUGUCUCCUGCACCCACAGUAAAGAAUGAAGUAGGUGUGCGGCCCCCUUGCCAGGCACUUGCCAAAUCGUCCCCCAUUAAACCCAUGAGUAUUACCAAAAAGGAGCCGGGGGGCUCAGUGGACGGCUACCUGAGUGGAGGGGCGAUGGAGGGGCUCCUCAACAUGGAGAUGACUUUAGCGAGGAUGGCAAAGAAGGAGCACAGCAAAGUUACUUACUCCUCCGGCUCUCCCUCCUCCUCCCCCUCCCCCUCUGCUCUUCCCUUCCAGCUGUAUGGGAAGUUCCCCAAGCAUGGGGGUGUUGGAGGAGUAAGCUACACUGCCAAUGUUUCAGUGAUGGACAAUAGCGGUUUCUCCCGGAGCAUGGCGGACAGUGUGCUCCAGCUGCGCCCCCGCUUGGCCUCCAGCCAGACCACCCUCAGUAUCCAGGCCUUUACUGACAGUACGGCUGAAGAGGUGGCGCUCAAGUGCUCAUGCCGCCUCAAAGCCAUGAUCAUGUGCCAAGGCUGCGGUGCCUUCUGCCAUGACGAUUGCAUCGGGCCCUCCAAACUGUGCGUGUCGUGUCUGGUGGUGAGAUAGUAGCAUUGCUAUCUGUACAGUAGCAGCAGUGGGACUGGGAGGCUCCAGUUUGUACAGAAGCCUGAUUAGGGUAGAGCACACAGGAGGAGCCUGGCAGGCAAGAUUUGCCUUGUAUAAUAUAAGUGGUCUGUAUUUUUGUUGUUGCAGAUUUUCUGAUUUUUUUUUUUAGCUGUACUUAUAUAAUAUUAUUAUUAUUAUUAUUAUUAUUAUUAUUAUUGUUGUGAAUUUGGGGCAUGGUUGAUUGUAAAUUGUGCCUUUUUUGUUUUGUUUCCUCAAAAACAUUUACCUCAUCCUAUCUCCCUCCGGCGGUCAUCUUUUGGUGGGUAUCAUUGUUUUGGUUCCUCGGCAAACUGGGACUUAUUGUUGUCUCUUUGCGCAAAGAAGUAUUUUUUUAACCAUUAAAAUGAGUAAAUGACUGUUUCA